CUGAACGUGAACGUGCCAAAGCAGUCACGAUCGGCAUGGAGGAUUUCCUGAUGUUGCUACGAAAAUUGGGUAUCAGGACGAUAAUGAUUGCGCUCGCGGCCUUGCUCCUGGCAGGGUUGGCAGCGUGCGGCAGUCCCAUCCGAGGAUGCUGGCGCCGACGGUGACGCAUCGAGCGGGGCUGCUACAACGGAUCAACCAGCCGACGGCGGCGGGUCGGCAGCCUCCGCCACCGUAGUGCCUCAGCAAACUGCCGGCGCUCCCAGUAGCACUGUAUUCACCGGCGGCAAAGUAACGCUGAUGAACGCGGUGUGGGCCAACGAGCUGUUUACUCCACGGGACGGCGUCGGCGAGACGGCCACCUACGGUCGGCAGAUGCACGCCUUCUGGAUCAACGGGAACGAGAAUGUUGAGAUGCUGCCGGGAGUCAUUACGGACUGGCAGGUAUCGGAAGACGGGUUGUCGUGGGACGUGACGUUGCGGGAAGGUAUUACCUUCCACAACGGCGACCCGCUAACCAUCGACGACGCGUUGUUCACCAUGGAGUUCGUUUUCGGCCCGGAGGCGAUUGAAACGUCGCUGAGCCCCGAGCGUACAAGCCGAGGCAGCGGACACGGAAAGUAUCGAAGC